AGGGCUCACCUAUUACUAAAAUCUCCAAUCCCCAUGCACCAGCAGCAGACAAAAAAAUAGCACCACAUUGAUGAAUGCAUAUCACCGACUGACUGAUACAUAUAUUUUUUUCCUGCAGCAUCUAUCUGGCGUCAUCAUCAGGCGCCCGUAUUUACUUCUGGUCCAGUUAGUUGCUGCUGAUGCCUGCUGCGAUGGAGGUAAACAGGGACGAAGCGGAGCGCUGCAUUGACAUUGCAGCGGCCGCCUUAACCAACCAACAGCCGGACAAGGCGCAGAGGUUCCUGGAGAAGGCGCAGAGGCUCUUCCCGACAGAGAAAGCCAAAGUAUUGCUGGAUGUAAUAGCAAAGAAUGGAUUUACACCCAGACAAGAUAUCCAUUCAGACUUCAGCGGGGUGUCGGAGCCUCGACAACGGCAGAACAUAAAGGAGAACGCCAGACCUGAAGAAAAGCCUGCAGAGUCUUCAAAAUCCUACAUGGCUGAUCAGCUAGAAGCUGUGAGGAGGAUAAAACAAUGUAAAGACUUUUACGAAAUUCUCGGGGUGUCGAAAGAUGCCUCAGAGGAUGAACUGAAGAGAUCGUAUAGAAAACUUGCUUUGAAAUUCCAUCCAGAUAAGAACAGCGCUCCUGGGGCAACAGAGGCGUUUAAAGCUAUUGGCAGCGCGUACGCUGUUCUGAGCAAUGUUAACAAAAGGAGACAGUACGAUCAGUGUGAGGAAGGGAGAAGACAUCCUUCCAGACACGGCCCAGACAAUGGAAACUUUGAGCCGGAUAUUUCACCUGAAGAGCUCUUUAAUAUGUUCUUUGGAGGAGGUUAUCCAUCAAGCCAUGCUCACGUAUACAAUAAUGGGCGGAUGCGUUACCAAAGGCGGGAGAGAAGAGAGCGACAGCAAGAUGGAGGUCUCGCCCUCUUUGUGCAAGUCAUGCCCAUCCUCAUCCUGGUUAUUGUGUCAGCUCUCAGUCAAAUAAUGGUCAACAGCCCCUCCUACAGCCUCAGCUUCAGGCCGUCAGCAGGUUACUCACAGAAGAGGCUGACUGAGAACCUGAAGGUGCCAUAUUAUGUGGGGGAGCAGUUCUCCAAAGAGUUCACUGGUGUGAAUCUGAAAAAUCUGGAGCGGACGGUGGAGGAUGAUUAUAUUUCCAACCUUCGCAACAACUGCUGGAAAGAGAAACAGCAAAAGGAAGGAAUGCUAUACAGAGCUCGCUAUUUUGGGGACAGCGAUCUAUACCAAAGAGCACAGAGGGCUCGCACACCAAGCUGCGCCAAGUUGUCCGAGAUCACAGCUUCUUUACAUGGAUGAAAAUGCUUUCAUGAUUCAAAGUUUCCAGAAUCACUACAAAAGAUUACCAGUAAUUUAUUAAGAUGCAUUUCUACAAUCUGGAGGCUGAAGAUGACUCAACAAGGAGCAGACCAGCACCACUCGUCACCAAACAGAUCACACAAACUAACUCAAACAAUUUCUGUGGAAGUCUAGUAUGUGAUAAAAAGAUAUAGCGUUAAUAUAGUGUUUUAGAAUGGAAAUGGUACUUAAAAUAGCUUGCUAUCCUCAUAAAAUGUGGGUUUGAAAAACUUUAGGUUACUUGCGCAACUCUGGUUCUCAGAAAAGCAUUCGUUUCGAUGGCUCACUAUGCGAUGCUCCUCCUUGGGUAUUCCUCAGAAAUAUUUAUUUCAUUAUGCCAAUCCUGAUUGGCUGAUGAUCGUAACAAACAUGUCAUUCAGAACCAACCACCCUUAAGUAGCUUGCACAAAUAAGCUAUGUUUAUUCAAGAUAAGCUAGGCAGCUAGCACCCAGUGAGCUAACACUCCUAAAUGAAUUCUUUUGUUUGUGUAUUUUUCCAUUACAAAAAAUACCAUAGUAU